UUCAGAAGCCAAGGGAACAGGUUGCAGAUGCAGAAGCUUUGCAAGAUAUUGCAAACUCCCUCGUGACAUCUAUAAGGUCGCAGUCAAAUGAAGGUGUUACUCCAUCGGAUUUUGUUAGUUGUCUGCUCAGAGAGUUUGCCCAGAUUGGCAAUGGAGUAACUUCUGAAGAAAAUGAUAUGGUUUCUGUCAGUUGGAAAGAUAUUGGGCGUGGUGUUUCAUCUAUUUUCAUGAAUGGCCAUGGAUGCUGCACCAUGCUUGGACCUAUGAGCACUCAGUUGAAACAGCGAAAGACUAAUAAUAUUUCCAGGAAACGUUCCAAGCCUACUGAAAGUUCGAGACCUGCAGAGGUUGAAGAAAAUGGAUCUGAAAAAAAAACUGAUACAGACAAGAACAUGAGCAUAAUGUUUGUAGCUUUGAGGAGGAAUAAAAGGGUUAAACUUGAACAUUUGAUAUUGAAUAGAAGGUCUUUUGCACAGACAGUAGAAAACUUGUUUGCUCUAUCAUUUCUCGUUAAGGAUGGUCGGGCUGAGAUAACUAUCGAUAAAAAUGGCUCUCAUUUUGUGUCACCAAAGAAUGCCCCUGCCCACAGUUCCAUUAUGUCACAUGAAGUUAGUUACAGUCAUUUUGUAUUCAGAUUCGAUUUCAAAGACUGGAAGCUAAUGGCGAGCAAGGUACCAGUUGGAGAGGAGUUGAUGCCUCACAGGGACUUUCUGAACUCAGCACCGCCACCGCAAGCAGAAGCAUCAGCAGGCGAUGAUUCUGAAGCAGUGGGCUUACCCACUACUCCAAUCCGGAAGCUGUCGAGAAAUCGAGGUUUAGUCGUGCAAUCUGUGGUUGAAGAUUCUCCUGACAAUGACACUCAUUCAGGACCAACUGCAAUUUUGAGGUGUAAGAGGAAGCUCAGUCAAGGUUUGGUAAAUUAGAACUUGGAAAACUCACCAGAUGUGAAGAAUGCUUCUUUCCUCUCAUUGUUCUGUUGGUUGUAUAUUUAUCGGCUGCAUUGUAAAUAGGUCAUUACUGAUUAGGUUCUCAGAGAACGAUAAUUUGGCAAUUUGAGUUUUCUAACAGGGUUUUGUUAAAGGAUGUUUGGGGAGUAGCUGUGAGAGUGCCUGGGUAGCUUAGAUCAAGCUCCAAUUAUUUUGUAAAGGUCCUUUUUUGUUCCCCUAAAACUACCAUAUAAAAGUAAAGUGCCUCAUUAGGGCCAGGGGCGAUUAUUAUAUUUAUAUAUAUAUUUGUAAUUCUGCAAUAAUCUAAAUAUGUCGACUUUGCCAA